AUGACUACUCCAACCACCGCCGCCACCCAAGACAACCCGAAAGCGCCACCGCUGUCGGUCAGUUCGCCCAACACCUUCCAAGAGCUCAAGACCCCCGAUGCCCUCGAAGGCGGAGCUCUGCGUCCGGGUGGACCCCCAAACAUCUACAGUCGCGAAACCAUUGGCAUCUUGAUCCAGUACGGAGCGCUGGGGGUGAUCAACGGCACCAUCUACGGGUUGGUGCUUGUCCGCAUCCGCAUCCUCUCCGAUUGCUUCCCGGUUUGGGGCUAUCGCCGCCGUCCGUACAUGGUGUUUGGCUGGAUCUUCGCGACGAUCUGCCUGGUGCUCAUGGUCAUCUUCCGCACGGGUGACCCGUACUACGGUGACCCCGACCUCGCUUACGUUGCCGCGGCCAACCUCACCAGUGAUCAGAUCGCGCUCAUCAACGAAGACGCGCCAGAGGCCGGUACCAAGUUCAUCCUGCUCAUGAUCUUCGCCAACCUUGGGAUGACCAUGGCAAUUGCUGCGUCGGACGGCGUCGUCAUCGAGUUCGCUCAGCGUGAACCGGCCGAAGUUCGGGGCUCAGCACUCACCAUGAUGCAAGUGUUCAAGCAAGUCAUGUCCAUCCUGUCGUCUGCCAUGGUCGGCUUUGGCCUCAACGGAGAAGACUUCGGUGGGUCGUUUUCGGGCUCCAUGGGUGUGAAUGCCAUCUCCGCAGUGUGUGCCGGUGCUGCGCUUAUCGCGACGGUGUCCUCCUGGUUCUUCGUGGCUGAGACUAAAGAACCAGCGAGGUCAUUCCGUGACUACAUGCACCUCCUCUUCGACUUGUUGCAACACCGCGUGGUGUACCAGCUCAUCGCCUUCCGGUUCUUCUACUUCGUCUUCUCGCUCAUGAGCGUGACGGCUGUGAGCCCCAUUGAGAGCCUCUGGGCCAAGGUGGAACCUGUCAACGACGCAAUCUCCAGUAUCCUCGCGGCGCUCAUCUCUGCAGUGUCGCUCUAUGUGAUCAAGCGCUACGGUCUCACCUGGAACUGGCGCACCAUUAUCGUCAUCACUCAACUGUCGGUGGUUUUCGUGGACUGCUUCCCGACCUUCUUCACGAUCUGGGACAUCGUAUCGCAGUACGCAACGAUCGAGAUCGUCGGAGGUGGUAAUGAAGCCGCGAACAUCGACGCACACUUCGACACGGGCAAGGCGUACCUCCAGGUGGACGACACGUACGUUCGCAACCAAGUGACGUACUGUUACCUCAUCGCGUACGCCUUCCAGAUCUGCUCCAUUGCCUGGGUGUUCCUGUUGCCACAUCAGAAAGCGGAGACGUUAGAGCUCAAGCGCACUGGAGGCAAGAGCAAACUGGCCGGCUUCGUCACUGUCGUGGUCUUCACCUUCUGCUUCGUCUGGGCUAUCAUGACCAACCUCAUGACCAUUUUCCCGUCCACCUCGUGCUUGGCCAUCGCGGGUGGAACUGGUUGUUAG